GAGAGAAUAACUGAAACCUGCACCUGAACCUGUCGGAUAAAAGGAAGACUCGACACAGGCUCGGGUUCAAAGUACAGGGGGAAAGUUGAUAAUUUCAAUGUUGAUAAACCCACCGGGCCCAGCAACACUUUGAAGAAUUGAGACAAAUGAAAACCUUGCGGAACUAUCAGCGAAUUUCCAUCUCUCGUAUCGCUCAGCACCCUGUUCACGUACAAAAUAACAAAAUAAAUUGAUAUACAGAAUGCAGAGAAACAUGAACGGGAUGGUGCGUCAAUACAAUUUGAACAUUACCAGAAGUUCUAGAUAGAGAGACGGUAGCGAGGGUCGUGUACGUUACUUGGCUUGCGUGCAGGAGACUUGCCAGGGCGCCCCUGCAGUGCUCGGGGGAUUAGAAACCUUGUCUAAAUACAAGCGCCCCUCGCCAGUGUCAGUCGAGCUGAAAUAACCCGUUAUUGUUGUGCGGGCCAUGAGCCGAGCUUACCUUACUGUAGACUCGUGGAACAGGGGGAGAGACGGUGGUGGAGGCGAAGGGGGAUCAGGGCGAGAUAAAAGGAAAAGAAUAAUGUUCCUGCGGGGAGCCCAGGUGUGGGUCAGACAUCCAGUGAAACGUUGUGCACGAGGACAGGGGAGGGGGGGAAAUUGAUUUGGUGAAUUUAAUGUUGGCGAACGCAGUCGGUGGUGGUGACGUCAGCAGAGUAGGAAGUCGAUUCGCGGUGACAUCAAAGUGAUACUCGUGGUCAGAGUGACACAUCCGGUCACGGCGAUACAUCACUCACGAAGUGACGGUCAGUGUGGUACGUCCCCAGUAAAUGGAACAUUUGGAGUGUUACAAAUGUGAAUGAAAAUAAUUGUGUGACAGUGACGGAAACAAUUGGAACAUGUUAAGCCUGCUGUUAAACAACUCAACCGAAUUCUCCCUUAACAUUACACAUCUUCAAUGCUCUGAAAGUGACCAGACCACGUGUGUUAGUUCGACAAAGCUUUGCACUUGUAGAAAGCAGUUAGACAAAGAUACCUCAACAUUAUCGUCACCAACAGCACCUCUGACAUUAUCGUCACCAACCCUCGGCCAAUUCUUGAAGUCGUGAAGUAAAAAAAAAAAAAAUUUAAAAAAAAAAGAUUUAACGCGUUCUCUCCCCCGUACCUCCCAUUAACAACUCGUGGGAACCGGCCAUUAUUUCCUUGUAGGUUUGUUCUCUCCCCCGUACCUCCCAUUAACAACUCGUGGGAACCGGCCAUUAUUUCCUUGUAGGUUUCAUGAACCCGCGGCCUCACCCAACAGCCCUCGCUUUGAUUGUCUUCGUCUUUUGAUCCAUAUUCAUGAGCGGAGACCCCGAGAUCAGACUUUAGCGGGCCAGGAGUUGACAGAUGUCCUGACUUGGAUAGGAGGGUGGCCCUGAGACGCGAGGACAAGGCUUUCUAUUCUAAACAGCUGGGACAGUGCAGGAAAACAAAAAUCCCUGGCAGUGCCACGGGAAUGCGUCACGACUGAACAGGCCCUACUGACAACAUGAACCUAGCCUAGGGGGGAGAUAUUAUUGUGUAUCGGCGAACAGUUACCCCAAGCUGUACGGGACGUCAAACCUGCUUACUGUGAAAAUAUCCGAAACUGUGAUUAAAAAAUAAUAAUAAUAAUGUCUCAACGAUCAACUCCGUGGCUUAGCUGACGACAGACGAGUGAUUACACUCUGUGGGUAUCUGCUACAGGCACAGCGGUGCCUAAAGCUGGCCUAACAGACACGUGUUUUCCCAUAUAGUGUUACCCAGCGUUUCAAAGGAAUAAAGGAACGAGUCCAUGGUGAUAUUUUUCCCCCCUCAAGUUACCAUCAAGCUGGAUACAUGCUCGCUGUGAUAAUCUAGGAGGAUCAUCCAUCGUGUUUUCUCUCAGUGUGGCGUGGUUCAUUGGACCCACUCCUAGAGAUCGUCUGGCUGUGGACCCAUAACUCAUCAGAGGUGAUCACACCCCCAAUCCCACACCCGGAGGGAGCCGAUGACGUCAGGGUCACGCUUCUGGUGAUCUCCCUCCCACGCGAGGGUAUAGAUACACCUCUGACUAAACAAACUCACAAGACACAACAGCGAGAGUAACCCGGAAUAAGUCAGACCAGGUUCUACAGGAAAACAUUGACGUUCCUACCUGACCUUUUCCUUACUCCCAGAGGCAAAAGACUUACGGUUAACCUAACCCCCACAUCAUCCAGGUUUCAGUGCAUCUUCAACCUCCCCCCCCCCGCCCCCGAACCCACAGCACCCCGACCACCCUAACCUUCCCAAUUCCUUUUGUAGUCUGGCUUCCCCCCUCCCCCUUUUUUGCCCAAUGCCCUGAAGACUUUAAUAUAUAUAUAUAUAUAUAAACAAACGCUCGGGACCAGGAGCACGAGUCGAUGAUAGUACAGCCCUUGUUAUUCCUCGCCUGCUGACAUUAUUCAAACUGCUUGACUGGGCCCUGGUAACCCACCCCGCCCCGACCACCCUACCCUUCCCAAUUCCUUUUGUAGUCUGGCUUCCCCCCUCCCCCUUUUUUGCCCAAUGCCCUGAAGACUUUAAUAUAUAUAUAUAUAUAAAAACAAACGCUCGGGACCAGGAGCACGAGUCGAUGAUAGUACAGCCCUUGUUAUUCCUCGCCUGCUGACAUUAUUCAAACUGCUUGACUGGGCCCUGGUGGCUGGCACCGCUGUUGUUUCCUGUCUGACAUUCACACAGGUACCCGCCUCCAGCCCUCGACUGACCCUCCAGAUGGCUCUCGCACCAUCUGACGCUCCUCGUCCGUCCCGGGGGGACGCUGUGUGAUGAAACGAAACGUCGUCACCCCCCACUGCACCGGGGGCCCUCCACCCGCCUUUGAUCUCUUGGCUGGGGGCCCUGAUUACCCUGACACCAUUGUUAACCGUUUAAUCCAUAUCCAGCAGUUAGGCCCUCAACUCAUUGACGUGUCAUUUCAUUGCGUACCCCCCUUCCACCCUUGUUUUUCUUCCUCUACUGAAGCGUCAAUUUAAAAAAAAUAUAUAUAUAUUUCUAAGAGUGAGAAGAUCGUCCCAGCAGGAAGUGCCACGAAGUCUACACGCUACAGAAGUCGGAUGUGCGAGGAGUUAAGGGUGGAAACCCAACACGAUCACAUUUCUACAAAGACUCGUGGGGGUGAACGUGUCCCCAACAAAGCGCUCUUUCCACGAGCUGAACUCUUGAUGAUGAGUAAUGAGCGCCAGUUUUGUUUUUGUUGCCCUCGGUCUUAAGCUCCCGCGGUUCUUUACGUCCGGGGAACUACAAGAGACGGGAAUUUCAAAGCUUGAUGGGAAAUUUAUCAUUUACUUUUUUUUUUUUUCCACCCUCAACGUUGUGUUCAGUUAAAAGACGCAGGAGUUGAAUUUUUCUAUCAAGGUCUUAAGCUCCCGCGGUUCUUUACGUCCGGGGAACUACAAGAGACGGGAAUUUCAAAGCUUGAUGGGAAAUUUAUCAUUUACUUUUUUUUUUUUUUCCACCCUCAACGUUGUGAUCAGAUAAAAGACGCAGGAGUUGAAUUUUUCUAUCACAGUGCAAAAAGGAAACUGAAAACCUGGGUUUGAAGAAACCACACGAGCUAAUGCCCCUGAAAUGAACAUUUGUAAGCGAUUGCUAUGUGAUAAUUUUUUUUUUUUUAAAUGUGUGUUUAGCAAAUGUACGAAACUUACUUUCAAUGGUUUCGGGAAAUGAAACCCGGAAUUCGUGGAUUAGACAUGGGAUAAUUUAUCCACUAUGCCUGUUAUCGAUAUCCGUAGACACAUCCCCGUGAACGUUGGAUAUAUAAACAUAACGAUGGGGGCACCGCCGGUUCUGACGCCCCCUGAGUGGGACCCGUCCUUCCACGGAUCCGUCCACACGGCAACGCUGGCGGUCUGCACGGUGCUGGUCAUCUUCGUGGUCAUCUUGGGCACCUUCGGAAACGGCAUGGUGCUGCUGUCGGCGUUACAGUGCCGGAAGCUGCGGUCCAACUUCGACGUGCUGGUGUUCAACUUGGCAGGUGCCGACUUCAUCAUCUGCCUGUGCCUGUCCCCCACGUUCCUGUACCUCUUGUUUUCAGACCCGCCGUCGCCUCGGGAAUUCUGCGGGGGGUUCCUUUUCGCGUCCACCACGUGUGGUCUUUUGUCUCUGCUGACACUCGUGGCCAUCGCGGCUCACAGACAGUCCCGUAUCCGAGGCAGGGUCAAGGGCGCGCUGAGCACCGCCAAGACGGCGUGUGUCCUCGUCGUCAUUUACGCAGUAGGAAUCGGCACGGCGGUCGGCGGAACGAUGCAUGUGACCUUCGCGUGGUCCGACUCGUACACCACGUGCCAGGCGGUCAUGAACAGCAAUGACAUCAUGAGCAAUAACGUGAUACUGUUUUUCAUCAGUCCGGUUGUCGUCAUCAGUUUUGUAGUCAUCGUCGCAUCGUACGGCGUCAUAGCCAAGGCCGUUAAGGUACAGACGUACCUACGGGUCAAAGCCCUCCAGCCCCUCCUCCGUCCCGCCAUGUACAAACAGAUGCCAACGACCAGCAUCGGCGAGAAGCCGGGUCUGGCCUUCGACAUGCAACAGAUCCUCGUGGACAGCAGAGCCCUCUCGGGGAAGGUCACGAAGAAAGCCGAGGUGCUGAAGCACUGCUCUUGCUGCAGCUGCAUGGCCGCGCUGGACAAGGAGAACAAAGCCGUCACCAUGUGCUUCGUGGUCAUUUUGAUCAUCGCCCUAUGCUGGACGCCCCUCGUCGUCUCGCACUUCAUCGAGCUGGUCACCGGCGAGUCGAUCAUCCUUUACCAGGUCAAACUCUGCGGGAUCGCCCUCGUUUUCCUCAACAGUGCCCUCGAUCCGUACAUGUACGCCCAGAACAGCGGGCGCAUGAAGCAGCGGUACGGGCGCUUCUUCUGGGACAUGCUGCGGUGCGAGUGCCAUCUGCCGCAGCGACAACGUUUCAGAACCUUGUCCGGGAAGUCGCCAGGUACGAGAACACUUAGAAACCCAAUCAUAACCCAGGACUGUGCCACGUUGCAAUUUUUACAUCCAAAACUUCGGAAAACAACUGUGUCCAAGAAAUGUGACAGCGUUAAUUUAAAACAUACCAGAGACAGGAACCGGACGUUGGUCAAGAGCGCGUACACUAACAAUAUUCUCAUGUUUGGCACCGGUCAGAAUGUGAUCACGCCAAACCGUAAGCGCCUGGAGGUUCGAGAAGCCAAGAGGACGCAUGCACAGAAUGGUGUCAUGAGUGAUGUCAGGACACUGGUGCAUAAAACAUGCUGCCACGCUGCGCAUGCGCCGGAUGAUCAAAGUUUGAUUGACUCAUGAUCGAAGGAGCUCGGGGUAGAUUGACCCCGCCUUUUUUUUUCUUUUUUUCUUUUUGGAUUGAUUGCACUCGUGUGAUAUCAUGGGCGUGAAUGAGAGACGGGGUGCUGUCUGUCCGCACAUUGCAGAUCUGCUCGUCAUGUAAAUAUGGGGGUCGCCGCGUGAGCAUCACACACGAGGCUGCUCGAGGGUGGAUGUUGUGUGGUUUGUUCAUGAACUGAUUUAAAGUUGAGGUUUGAACAUGAAUGCGAUCUAGACACGGCUUUACCGACAACGAACUGAGUGCGAGAGGAGAGGGGGUCUCAUUAUAUAAUGACGGGUGUACGUUGUUGGGAAAGGGGGGGGGGCGAAAAGCAAAAUUUGCAGAGAUUUGAAACUUCCCUGAUGUGGCUAAAAAAAUUGUGGAGCGCUACACACUAGUAAGGGUUGGUUGUCAUGGCUACGCCUAUGGAAAGGUGUAGAGAGUCAGUAAAUGUUUAUCAUGGCUACGCCUAUGGGAAGGUGUAGAGGGUCAGUAAAUGUUUGUCAUGGCUACGCCUAUGGGAAAGUGUAGAGGGUCAGUAAAUGUUUGUCAUGGCUACGCCAAUGGGAAAGUGUAGAGAGUCAGUAAAUGUUUGUCAUGGCUACGCC